AUAACGUUUAUAGGACCCAGAGAGCCGCAUUACAGAUUUCCGCGGUGGACCCUACGUCUCUAAAGAGAUGAACCUGGAUGAAGACAGUGGUCUGUCGGGCAGUUGCGGCAACGGCAAGCUGAGGCAGUGGCUGAUAGAGCAGAUUGACAGCAGGAGAUACCCUGGCCUGGUUUGGGAAAACGAGGAGAAAACCAUCUUUAGGAUCCCAUGGAAACACGCAGGAAAACAGGACUACAACAGGGAGGAGGAUGCGGCCCUCUUUAAGGCAUGGGCGAUGUUCAAGGGAAAGUAUAAGGAAGGAGUUGACAAACCAGAUCCCCCCACAUGGAAAACCAGACUACGCUGUGCCCUUAACAAGAGCAACGACUUCGACGAAAUAGUGGAAAGAAGCCAACUGGACAUCUCGGAGCCGUACAAAGUUUACAGAAUCAUCCCUGAGGGGACCAAAAAGGGUAUGAAAAUGAGCCGCAUGGAGGAGACGCCAUCGCACCCAAUUGGAUACAUUCCUCCAUAUACGUCACUGGGCAACCAGGUACCCAGCUUCGUGGUUUCUCCAGAAAGAAGGGACUGGAGAGAUUAUCACCCACCGCCAGAACAGCAUUCAAUUCAUAACGCCAAUCCCCACGGGCAACACGCAGACCUGCAGUACGGCCAGUGCCACUACCCGUCGCCCAUCAGCCGAGUUUGGCCCGGAUCGCACGCAGAAAACGGCUUUCAGCUCUCAUUCCACACAUACUUUUCAGAGUCUCAGCCGCCAAUGUAUACGAUGGACCACAACAAUGCCAUAUCAGAUUUCAGCCUGCAUGUGUCCCUUUACUACAGAGAAACACUGGUGAAAGAAGUCACUGUCACCAGUCCGGGAGGUUGUCGGAUCACCUCCACCUCCCCGUCCUCUCCGUCCUCUUCCUCCUCCUCUUCUCCAUGCCGGGAGGACAAGUAUCACAACGGAGCGGAAGUCGUUCUCUUUCCGUCCCCCUACCCCGAGUCUCAGAGGCAAGGAGCCGAGCUGCUCCCCAACAUCCUGGAGAAAGGCGUGCUACUGUGGAUGACGGCUGACGGGCUGUACGCCAAGCGCCUGUGUCAGGGACGGGUGUACUGGGAAGGGCCUCUGGCGCCGUAUGUGGAUAAACCCAACAAGCUGGAGAAGGAGCAGCCGUGCAAGCUGUUUGACACCCACCAGUUUCUUAUUGAUCUACAAGAUUUUGCCCAUAAUAGUCGUCACUUACCACGACACCAGGUGGUACUUUGCUUUGGAGACGAAUAUCCCGAUCCGCAGCGUCCCAGGAAGCUCAUCACCGCGCAGGUGGAGCCGGUGUUUGCCAAGAAGCUGAUUUACUAUUACCAACAGAACUCUGGGCACUACCUGCGAGCCUACGAUCACAUGCAGGAGCAAAACACCCCCCCAACAAUUGACUAUCCUUCCCAGAGACCCAUAGAGCACAUUCAGGAGUGAAAAGCAUGCCAAAGGAGCCAACACGCCACACGAGCAGAUAAGCAGGAAGGAUAUUAAUGUGAAUGUAAAGCUGUGAAUUUCUAUCAGGCCUUAAGACUGCAGCAGCUCCGUGUGCUGCAGAUGAUUGAUUUAGACACUGAGGGGUUGAGAUGGGGAAGACCCUGCAAACUUUUUACACACUUGCUGUAUCAAGGACCGGGGAGUAAGAUUCUUUUUUUUUCCUUUUUUUUUUUUCUUUUCAACAAAUAUUAUUGUGACAGCGUGAAGGAUGCGGUUUGAGGGUGGGGGUGAUGAGCGGAGCGGAGGGCAAACUGAGACAGGAAGUACUAGCACAGGUGCACAGGAAGAAUGGCCCCUAGUACAAACACUGAUAUGUCUGCGAGAUAAGCCCGUCUGAAUGAAUACUUAUUAUUCACAGGUAACAAGCGUUCUUACUUUCCGUGAACUGGUACCGAGGCCGGUGUCUGAUUCUCCACUGUUAAAGCAGCUCAUUUACUUUAUAAUCUACAACACUUGACAUGCAAGGUAAAGACAGUAGACAGAGGACACGCUCACAGAAAAAAAGACAACGUGCAACAGUAGGAUGUUGAAGCCCCCCAACUUUGUGUUUUUUUUAUUUUUUUAUAUACAUCUUGUUUAUUUUGGCCUGUUGUUGGAAUAUUCUGUCUCCUGUGAAAUAUUGUACAGUUCAACUUCUUCCAGCCUAGUAAUAAAUAUGUUU